AGAGCCUGACUCAGUUGACAGUGAGCGAGUGCAAAUGGACUUCGCAGGACUUUAUGUUUGCUGGACUAUGUGUAUGUAAGCUAUGUAAUAAAUGGUACCACAAUGUAAUAUGAACUGCUUCACCAUACUGCAUGAUCAAAGCACGGAAUAACCGAACAACUCAUGGAAGCAACAAGCGCUUAGUUAUGGCGCUUAAUUUCUAUUCGAAUGUCACAUGUCUCGACGCGUCGCAAGAUGGGACGCGUCUGGCAGAGACGAUCUGAAACAUUGCGACCUUCUUUUCGCUUAUGACAGACCUCCGAUGCUUCUUUCACACACUCACUUCUAAGAGCAUAAGAGGACGAGUAGCUAGACUCUCUCUUCAGGAUUCUUUCCUUCCUUCUACCUCCAUCCCGUAGUAUACAUAUAGAAUGUCCCGUGUUGUCGUCAACUCGAUUCCGAUUGCUCCUCAGCUCGCCGCUGACGUCGACAAUCUCAGAAACCUCGUCGAAAAAGAUCUUCGACGCGCUCGCAAGCAUCUCUCUCCGGAUACCAUUGCUCAUGGUCCUCGCGCCAUCCAUGAAGCACGAAACAAGGACAAUCAUCGUCACCACGAGGAUGGCUCAGGCUCUACACCCGCUCCCGCUAGUGGGAAAGCUAUCACAGUCGACGACGCCACUGUCACGUACAUGAUGCCUUGCAUCAUCGGCGGCUCAGAAUACAGCUUGCUCAUCGAUACUGGGAGCUCGAACACUUGGUGCGGCGCAAACAAGAAGUUCGAACCUGAUUCUUCUUGCGAGAGCACUCGGAAGUCUGUUAACGUAAGCUAUGGAUCAGGCUCCUUCACUGGGACCGAAUAUACCGGAACGAUCAUUCUCGGUGGAAAGGACUCGACUCUGAAACUCGACAAGCAGUCUUUCGCUGUCGCCAGUCGAGCACAAGGCUUUGGCGGGGGAAUGGAUGGAAUUCUAGGAAUUGGUCCUGUCGAUCUUACCUCAAGUACUGUCGAGGGAAUGAGUUCAAUUCCCACUGUCACCGACAAUUUGCAUGACCAAGGACUGAUCAAGACCGAAUGCAUUGGCAUUUCUUACAACCCAACUCAGAGCAACGGUACCAUGGCCAACGGAGAGCUUAUGUUUGGCGAGGUGGACCAGAGCAAGAUUACUGGCGACGUGACCUAUGUGCCUAUCACAUCUACCUCCCCUGCCUCAAAAUACUGGGGGAUUGAUCAGGAAAUCACAUAUGGUUCUUCCGAGAAGAUGAUCUUGAAGCAAACCGCUGGAAUCGUUGAUACCGGUACCACCUUGAUCAUGAUUUCGGAUGAUGCUUUCCAGGCCUAUCAGGAGGCUACGGGCGCAACGAUGGACCAGACGACCGGGCUCCUCAAAUUGACUAACCAGCAGUUGAAGAACCUGCAAAGCCUUAACUACAAAAUUGGAGAUACCACUUUUGAAUUGACCCCGAACGCCCAAAUCUGGCCGAGGUCCUUGAACAAUGCGCUCGGCGGGGAUGCUGAUUCGAAUUAUACUGUUUUUGCUAGCAUGGGCCAAAUCUCGGGGAUUGGAUUGGACUUCAUCAACGGGUUUACCUGGCUUCAACGUUUCUACUCGGUCUACGACGUUACUAACCAGCGAGUUGGAAUCGCCAACACCGCGAACACCAACGCCGAAACCAACUAGAGGGCGUUUUGAAUGGUCCCAAUCAUACCUUGUAAAUUCAUAAAAACUUCCGCCGCUGUAUAUUAUUGUGUUGUUUGUACCGAGAGUAAUUGUAUUUGGAGGCUUUCACUUUGCGCGUAGACAAAUGCACCGGAAGAGUACUUCACAACUUCUACAGUAGAGUAUAGCGACGCUCGAUGAAAAAUCAUCUCGUCCCAUGACUCGUACAAGGCAUUGAUAGGUGACUACAGGCACACAUUAGCUCUGCUGUUUGAGCGCUCCCAAAGUUAUGAUGAAAGAUUUGGGUAUUCUGGAUACACCGCGAGCAUAGAUUUGAUUUGUGUAUACCUAC